AUGGAUAGUAAUAAAAAAGAAAAAAAUAAAAAAAAAGAUAAAAAUAAAAAAAAAGAUAGGUCUCAGCAAAAAUACCAACAACAACAACAAGAACAAAUAAGAAAAAAAGAAAAAGAAAAAGAAAAGGAAAAAGAAAAAGAAAAAAAGAAGCAAAAUAAACUAUCUCCGCCCCAAUCUCCUAAAAGAUUAGUCACAUCAACACUAUCUCCACAUCUUCAGUCAUCACUACCAACACCACAGCAACAACAAACACCAAUAUCCACUGUUUCUGUAUCACAAAAUUAUAAUUGUGUAUGUAGUAAUAAUAAUGAAAAGGAUUUUGCAUUGCUUUGUAAAGACUGUAACGAAAUAAUAUGUAAUAAUUGUUUGUUAAGAGGAGACUUAAAUGAUGUUCACAAAGAUCACAAUAUUUCAAUAAGUGAAAAGGCGUUACUUCGACUGAGUAGCAGUGGGAACGCACAGGAAAGUUAUUUAAUCAACGAGGAAUCAAUUCAAUUUAUUAAAGGCUAUAUAGCGAGCGAUAAAAUAGUGUCGCAAGCAGUAGAUGAGGGCUUUUUAAAAACAGAGCAUACCCAUAAAAUGAAUAUGGAAUCCAUAAGAAAGCAAUUUCACCAUCUACAUUCAUAUCUAACAAAGAUGGAGGAUCAAAUACUGGAAAACUUAGAGUCGGUUCAAGAUGAAAAUAGGGAUAUAGAGACAAUGAUUAAAGGCCAAUUGGAUCAAGAUUUACAUGUUAUGAACCAAAUUUUAAAAAACUAUGAAUCACAACAAAAAAAAAUAAAGAAAUGGCAAAUGUUAAAUGAUAGCAGCAACAAUAGCAAUUAUAACUAUAGCGAUUUACAAUACUUUAAAGAUAGUUUUCAAUAUAAUAAAUUAAUAGAAAGAAAGCUAAAUAAUAAAUUUGAGACAUUUAAAAACAAUACUGUUACAUUUGAACAAACAGUUAUCGAAUCAAUAAAAGAAUCAUUAAAAUCAAUUUGUAAAAUUGAAUCAAAAGAUUUUAAAGAAGAUAGUUUAAUUUAUAAAAAUAAUUUAAUUAUAAAUAAGAGGUUUAAAUCAUCUGGUCUAGAUGAAUAUUAUUUAUGGAAUGGCGAACCAAUACUCAAAAAUAUUAAAAACGUUUUGGUCGAUUCAAAGUUCGAAUUUUCAAAUUUAUCAUUACCAUCAAAUGUUGAAAAAUUAUUUUUAUUUGAUGGUUUCAAUCAUUCAUUAUCAAUAGAGUCAAAUAAUUUAUUUAGAAAUAUAAAGAUUUUGGGAUUGGGUGAUAUAAAGAGACCAUUGGAGGUUGGAGCCAUACCGCCAAAUGUGAAGGAACUGUGUCUUUAUGAUGGCUACAGUCAUCCUAUUAGUCCAGGAAUAAUACCCCCAACAGUAGAGUCUUUGUUUAUAUUUGGUAUUAAAGAGCAAUUGACUUUUGAGUCGAUUCCAAAUGGUGUAAAGAAACUAGGUAUAGGUUUUAUUGGACAAUCGUUGGAAUCAAUUAUACCACCAUCUGUAACUGAACUUUCAGUUGGAUAUUUAAAGUAUCGUUUAGAUGACGAUAAUGGAACCACAUCAAUUCCCAAAACUGUCAAAAAGCUACAUCUUUUAAAUGGUUUUAACCAUGUACUUAAGUCCUCUAUGAUACCCGAAUCAGUAGAAACCCUUUACGUUCAUUCGAUCAGAAGACAAAUUUUACCACAAGCAAUCCCCAACUCAGUUAAAGAACUACAUUUUUGCGACGGGUAUCUCCAUUCUAUUGGCUAUGGUGCUAUUCCAGACUCUUUACAAGAGCUAUGUAUUUUUGAUAUUGGCAAACCCUUAGCCGCCACCAUUCCAAGAAGACUAAAAAUUAUUCAUUUUGGUGCAACUUUCAAACACCCAAUUUCAGACGACAUUUUACCACUAUCAAUAUCACUAUGCAUAUAUGAUAUUAAACAACUAUUGUUAAUAGACGAAAGGAUACUAUCAUCUAUUAAAGAAAUUUAUUUAUUCAAUUUUAAUAAUUAUUCACAUUUAAUUCCAGAAAAUAUUUUAACAAAGAUAAAAAACAAUGCAAUACCCCUAUAA